AUGGCGCCGACGAAUACGAAGCGGACUCGGCUCCGGCGACUUGCAUUCGUUCUUUCCGAAGUAUACGACGAACCGAAUUUGUCUCACACCUUCUGCUCCGACCAGCGUGACAUGGGCAUCCAACGAUUCGGGACUCGUCUGAGUGCGCAUGCCCAGCGGAAAACACUCUGCAAGCCUUCGGACGAAAGCAUACCACGAUCCACCGCGAUCAUCGAUGGACCUGGCCUUGUACACUCCAUCUACUACCGUCUAUGUGAUCAAACGGACAGAUCGAAGAACAUUACAUAUGGAGCCUGUGCGGCUGAGACUGUUAGAUGGCUGGAGCAAUUGAGAGAGUUUGGACUUGACAUAGAAGCAAUCCUCUUCGAUGGCGCCCUCCCAGCCUCGAAGAAAGAUGUUCGCAUCGAACGACUUCAAGCCUACGUCACGAAACUACAAGCCUUCAAACAACUCUCCACCACGAAUCUCUCAUCCAUAUCGAGUGAGCUGCGGAAAAGUCUUCCUCCGCCACCAUUUCUCGUCUUCGCAGUAGUCGAAGAACUCCUGCGCCACGGGCAGUAUGCUAAAGUGACCCAUGUCGUUCCAGGAGAAGCGGACCCUUACUGUGUUGCGGCUGCGAGGAAGUUGGCCGCUAAGGAUGCGGAGAGGAUCAUCACCAUUUUCUCAGACGAUGCGGACUUGCUCGUCUACAACCCGGGACAAAACACGAGGGUAAUUACGCUGCGAGAUCAGUCCGAGUCUGGUACGGGACAUGAUACGAGCUGGUCUGCGACAGAACAAUGGCCCGGUCGAAUUGCCGCAUCCGCAAAACAUCCACUGGAGGAUCUGGUUCGUCCGGCAUUCUUCAUGUCGCAGGAUCUGCACUGCACACUCGAGCAAGCUUUACUCAAAUCUGUUGCUCCACCAACAGAUCCCGACUUCACUGCUUUCGCAGAGACAUUCUCUAUCGCCGCUGAAAUAUCUCAAUGGUCGCUCACCAAGUCCUCUUCAGCUCUCAGAUCCUCUCUCACGGCACUUGACUCACGCAUGUCCGAACUGGUCCUCCAACUUCAGACAGUCGCAACCAAAGACGCACACUCGACUACAUCUUCCAUACCGCCGAGCGGACUGAGAGUCUACCUGCCUUUCCUGCACGACGAUCCGUCGCGCUCGCCGGCUUGGAAUGUGGGUACUCACCUCCGCACGCUCUCUUACUCGGUCCUGCUCCAUCACUUCGGCAUCGAACAGUCUGUGCAGGAGUAUCGUCGGAGCGGGAGUCGCAUCGUAUCGACGCUGUUGGAUCCAUAUCCUGUCGAUGAACUGGAGACCCAGAUUUCCGAGCUGAAGUCGCAGAUUGAGGAUACCACAAUGUGGGCAAAAGCCAAGAGUGUGGAUCAUCGCGAAGCAUGGAGGUACUUUACGAUGCAGCAUGUGUUGCGAUACUUUCAGUCUGAAGGAAUGGCGCUUCCGGGCACGGAGGAGAUCAUCGGAGUUUUGACGAAACGAAGGCCGAAGAAGUGGACGACUGUGCAGCUGGCUGCGCAAUGGCAGGCGGCAUUCUACGGACUGCGUAUGAUAUCACAGAGUCUGGGCGUCGUGGAGAGGGGUAACGAACAGGUUCUGGACACGCUGGAUGGGACGACAACGGCUGCGCUGGAGAUGCAGAAGGCGUUUGAGAGUCUACCUGGUAUCGUGGAAUUCUUUGCUGACAUUGAAGAGGGGCAGAGGAGAGACCAAGAAGACAUGUGGAGGGGUUUUGUGGAAGAGCUGUUGGCGACGAUGCGGAAGGAGGAUGAGGACGCACAGAGCCAAGAGAACAAUGCAGAAGACCGACCGAGGAAGAAAGCGAAGAAGAGCAAGAAGACGAAAGUGCUAGAUCCUGGACUGGCGCAGAAUCCAUUUGCAUUACUAUCCGAUUGA